AUGGCUCUUAUUACGGCCGUGCCUCGCUCCUGCCGCGCUGACACCGGCGGGCUGGAGCGCGGAGUCGCCUCCAGCGGGAAGUGCACUUCCGUUAUCUGCGCUCCCACACCCCGCCUCGCCCGCUCCCCCGCCUCAGCUCGCUCUCUCUGGAUGUUUAAGGCGAGGAUGAACAAACAGAUCCAGCCCGACCGCAAAGUGUCGGUGGUGGCCCCCUUGCCGGACCGCGCGGGGCCGCCGCCCCCGAGGAAGGACGUGGAGCUGAUCCUGGUGAAGGAGCACAACGGGGUGCAGUACACCAGCAGCAGCCUCCUGCCCGCCGCCCCCGCGCCGCGCUACGGCGCCCAGGACAGGGAGACCUGGGGCAAGAAGAUCGACUUCCUCCUCUCCGUCAUCGGCUUCGCCGUGGACCUGGCCAACGUCUGGCGAUUUCCCUACCUCUGCUACAAAAAUGGAGGGGGUGCUUUUCUUAUUCCCUACAUCCUCUUCUUAAUCAUUGCUGGAAUGCCCCUGUUCUAUAUGGAAUUGGCAUUGGGACAAUAUAACCGAGAGGGGGCUGCCACUGUGUGGAAAAUCUGUCCAGUUUUCAAAGGUGUAGGCUAUGCAGUGAUACUCAUAGCUCUUUACGUGGGUUUCUACUACAACGUUAUCAUAGCUUGGUCUCUGUAUUAUCUAUUUUCAUCAUUCACAUUUGAGCUCCCCUGGACAAACUGCGACAACAGUUGGAACAGUCCAAACUGUACAGAUCCCAAACUCUUCAAUGCAUCAGUGCUUGGCAAUGGUACCAAAUACUCGAAGUACAAGCUCACUCCUGCAGCUGAAUUUUAUGAGCGAGGAGUUCUGCACCUGCAUGAAAGCCGCGGAAUCCAUGACCUUGGUUUGCCUCGCUGGCAACUUUCCCUCUGCCUCUUGGUGGUGGUAAUCAUUCUUUUCUUUAGUCUGUGGAAAGGCGUGAAGACUUCAGGAAAGGUUGUUUGGAUAACAGCCACUUUGCCUUAUGUUGUGUUAUUUGUCUUGUUAAUACAUGGAAUAACCCUGCCUGGUGCAUACAAUGGAAUAAAUGCAUACCUGCACAUAGAUUUCAGAAGAUUAAAAGAAGCCACAGUAUGGAUUGAUGCAGCUACUCAGAUAUUCUACUCCUUAGGAGCCGGGUUUGGCGUUUUAAUUGCAUUUGCCAGUUACAAUAAGUUUGACAACAACUGUUACAGGGAUGCUCUGCUGACUAGUACCAUUAACUGUGUCACAAGCUUCAUCUCAGGAUUCGCAAUUUUCUCCAUACUGGGCUACAUGGCUCAUGAGCACAAAGUUAAAAUUGAGGAUGUAGCCACUGAAGGAGCUGGUUUAGUUUUCAUCCUCUAUCCAGAGGCAAUUUCAACUCUUUCAGGAUCUACGUUUUGGGCUGUGGUAUUCUUCAUCAUGCUCCUUACUCUUGGCAUUGACAGUUCUAUGGGUGGAAUGGAGGCUGUCAUCACUGGCUUGGCAGAUGAUUUCCAAAUUCUGAAGCAGCACAGAAAGCUCUUCACCUUUGGUGUUUCUUUUGGCACUUUCCUACUUGCCCUUUUUUGCAUCACCAAUGGUGGAAUUUACGUGCUCACACUUCUGGACACAUUUGCAGCUGGGACUUCAAUAUUGUUUGCUGUUCUAAUGGAGGCAAUUGGAGUUUCCUGGUUUUAUGGUGUGGACAGAUUCAGUGAAGAUAUUCAACAAAUGAUGGGCUUCAAGCCAGGCCUCUACUGGAGAUUGUGCUGGAAAUUUGUUAGCCCUGCUUUUUUAUUGUUUGUUGUGAUAGUCAGCAUAAUAAAUUUCAAACCUCUGACCUACGACGACUACACCUUCCCUCUCUGGGCAAAUCGCAUUGGCUGGGGAAUAGCAUUAUCUUCAAUGAUACUUGUGCCUGCCUAUAUUAUCUAUAAAUUUAUGAAUGUGCGUGGGACCUUUAAAGAAAGACUAGCUUACUGCAUCACACCUGAAAAUGAGCACCAACUCGUGGCCCAAGGAAAUGUCAGGCAGUUUAAGCUUCAACACUGGCUAGCAAUAUGACAACCAACAGGUUGAUGAAAAUGCCAAUAUGUUAAGGUAAACUGAGAAUACAGAAAAGUCAAGUUCAAAGCUCCCCUACUAUGCUUGGACCAGGCUGGCUCAGAGCUUAUCUACUGACUCUCUGAGGGAAGACAUCUGCUCUCUGUUCUCAAUGCCUCCCUUCUAUUACUUGGCUUCAAGUGAUCUUUAAAGACUCCAUUUAAUUUUUCUUACAUCCUUUGGUGCCAUGAGAUCCCUAUAUGACCAAAACUUGUGAGUUUUGCUAUUAGCAGAAGUGGAGGAGGGGGGAGCAGAGAAAAAAAAGCAAUCAACAUAAGUUAAAUGCUCUUUCAUUGUGAAGAAGUGAAUUAAACUUUUCUGAUAGUAAUAAUUACUUCAGAUAUUCAUGCCAUGACCUAUUUUAAGCAAACACCACCUGAACGUUCUUAGAUCUAAGGAAAGAGUACAUCUCAAUUAUGAGGAAAGAGCAUUGUUAACUAUGUACUAAUGUCAUUAGCUUUCUUGCCAUACUAUCCUUUGGGAUAUGAGUUUGCAUCCUUCUGAAGUGAAGACUCAGUGCUUCAUUUUCAGUGGUUUGUUAUUAGUUUCUUCUCUUGGUGAAGAAGGUUGUCUUUGCUGUAUAUGUCCAUACCAUUUUCUGUUAAGUUUAAUUACAAAAGCUGAAAAGCAGCAGGAACAGAAUUCCUGUUAUAGAUACUAAGUACAGACUACAGUUUAAUACCACACUGUACUUAGGGAAAACUAGAUUCAUUUAUAUCAACAAUUGAAAUGUCUUUAUCAUGUGAUCCAUACUUCACAGACUUUCAAGCCAAGGAUGAAAGUUACAUGCAAAUAGACUUUCAUCUUUUUGUUGUAUUUUGUUCCAAAUAAAGAAUGUAAAACACAUAGGAAGAGAGAAUAAUUUUUAGCAUUUCAUAAUCUAUCCAGAGGCACCGAAAUACCAGACUUUGGCUUUACUAUCCUGCAGUGAACAUGCUAUUAUUAUAAUUUAACCUGGAUUCACGUACCAAAACAUAGUAAGAUUGUGUUGAAUAAUUUAGAAGGAUAUUUUAGGCAUACUCAACUCUCAGACUAGUCGAGCUCUUCUUUCUGGUAGUAUUAUACAAGGAAGAAGAUACAGAACAAACUCUGCAUUUGGGUGCUGUUCUUAUUCUGUGGUCACUUAUCACUGUAGUAGCUUCCCAGUGAUCACUAGAUUUGGUAGUUUUGAGUUAUUUCUCGUACUUAUUUAGCACUAGAUCUACAAUAAUUUUCAGAGGCAGUCGCUUCUCAGCCAAAUCCAGCCCAGAGUUUACCUCUAGACCUUACCUCUGAAUUUUUUUGCCUUUAUACGUUCAAUUCAUCUUGUCUUUUAAAUGUAUGUAGUGCUUCCUCUUUUUAAAAAGACCAUUUAAAAGGAUGGGGCUUUUUUAUUUAUAAAACAAUUUUUGUAGAGGUAUUUUUUGCCUUUUUUAAAAUAGCCCAGUUUAAAAGUACCAGGUGAUUUUAGCCAUUUCCAUUUAACAUUGAUUUCUGCUCAAAAUAAUGGAAGGAAAAUUUCUCUCCUUAUUCAUCCUUUUCCUCCAACAUAACACUUUAGAACACACUGAGUAUUGUCCUUUGCUUAAAGAGUCUCUGUGACAAAUAGUAGUUUUAUUUAAACAGGGGUUUAAACUCAAAGGAUACUUUCUAAUUAUAAAGGAAGUCCUAUUUUCUGGCCCAGCUGAUGGCUGAUAGCUGUUUAAACCCUGUUAUUAAAUACACUUCAAUAAUAAAGGAAUUUCAGAUGUUGCGGUUCUAGUUCCAUAAUUACAUAAGAGGCCAAACAGUGAAUAUACGUUGAAGGCUUCAAAAAAGCCAUCCCACUAACUUCAUAGUUAAUCCCAUUUUUAUUGUUUGCUAAACUACAUGAGAAUCUUUUCAUUGUUAUAAAGCUUACUUUUCAGUAAUACAGCUGCUUCAGUCACUGCCUUGGCAUGGCUCAAAAGCUUCUUAGCACAGAUAUAAUUACUAAGUUUUUAAACUCUUAGGGGGCUCUAACAUGGAACUUUACUAGCUUGUCAAAUUAUGCAUUGUUUGGUUCGAUCCUGACUGGAAAUGCUGACAACAACCAUCAAUGUUCACUUGUGACACACCCCAUCAUCACUAUCCCUAUAGCAAAAACCAUGCAGGAAAAGUUCAUCACCAGUCUGCUGUGAAAUAGGAACAAAGCUAUCUUAACAUGGGAAUGAAAUCAGCUUUACCCAGCAUAUUAGGGUUUGAUUGUAUUUUCAAUACCAACUCCCAAGACAAUUACUUGCUACAUUAUUUUUAUUUCUGUUACUGUAUGCCUUCUUCAGUUUAGUGUAGUACUUAUAGCUCAGGACUCCAUUGCACUAUUGCCAUCUCGUUCUGAAGUUUUAUAGACAAAAAACCUGCAAUCUAUACAGAAGACAACAGACAAAUCAGAGAAAGCAGCAAUCUUAUCACUAGAAAUAGCCUGAAUGAAAAAGAUAACACACAUUACAUGACUGCACAGCUAGACUUUAAGUUCAAGAGGUUGCCCAAAGGAAGUCUCCCCAAACAUAAUACGAAUUCUGUCCCAGAGAUGAAGAACAAUAUCUUCAAUUCUCCACAGAAUAAGAUGCUCAACUACCUCAUGCCUCUUGGACAAUAAAUGAUGCCAUUAGACACAAACUAUCAUCCAUUCAAAUGACAAACACCUUUGUGAAGACCAGGUUAUAUUCUUUUCCUCCACUCAGUGAUAUGGUACAGACAGUCCAAUAAGAACUGCAGCCAGCUCCUCCUGCUUUGAGCUCCCAAAUACACUCUCAAUAUGGAAUAUAUCAAAUGCUACUAAGAUACUCAUCUCACUUCAGUUCAAACACUUGUAGUUUGAAAAAAAAAAAAAAAAAAAAACCAAACAAACAAAAAACAAUCACCCAAUCAGGUCCUUAUCACCCAUGUGCUUUAACUGCAAAUCUUCCCCUAACUCAGUCUUGAACUUUCAGGCAAGCAGCUAGCUCUUUCCCUCAGCUAUACCUAUGGUGGGAACAGGGGAACUGCUCUGGGGAACAGGGCUCUCCCAGCUAUCCCCAUGGGAUUGCAAGUAUAUGCUGAUGGAGCAGGCAGCCCACUUCUAAAACAAUAGAAUUUCUGAUACACGCUUAUUCAAGAUACAGUAUCAUCUGCUUGCUAAUUAUGUUGAUUGUUUUAAUAACAAGCCAGUGAGAAGAAUUCAGUGAAGCAAUUAAAUAGCUCAUUUGACAGUUCCAGAAAAUAUAUUCUUGAAAGCCUUUUUUUUUAGUCUGAUAAAGGAAGCAGCCAUCACAUAUAUUAAAAUCCCUUUUCUGACCUUCCUUCCUGCCUGUGACCCAUAUGGUUUCAUCAAAUCACAGCCAGUUAGUUAACACCAAGGAAAGAGAUCCUCCAUUUUCUUUGUUCCCAUCCUGCUCUCAUUCAGCAGGAUAUUUUUUCAGAUACUUGGUACUGUUCUAAAGCUGCAUUCCUAAAACUCCAUAGAUUUAGAUUUCUGGUAGAAACAGUGGGUCUUUCAUGGGCAACAGUCAAAAAAGCACUAGUGCCAGUUAGUGUUCGACCCCUGUUCGAACCGUAUCUUUUUUGUCAGUCCUUCUUGUGUUCUGUCAUGUCCUGAGGCAUACGCUGGCAACACUUGAAAGACAUCUUACCAUAGUGAGGGAUCUUGCAGGAAAUCCAGGAUCAAACAUGAUAUUUUAAAUAUAAAAUGUAGAAGAAAUACUUGGCUGUUAACUAUUGUACAUUCCCUAACUGCACGUGCAAUGUAUGCUGUAUGUAAUUUUCCCAGAGGAAAUUUGCUAUAAUUGGUCAUUUCUUCUCAGCAAAAUACCAUUUAAAUGCUAUUAUUUAAAAAGGUCAAUGACAAACAUUUUGUAUAUACAUCCACUUCUUAAACUAUUGUUUUGACAUGAAUUAAGUUCAUUUUGUCCUGUCAGGUUGUAGGAGGCCAUGUAGAAAGUUGGUUUGCUUUUAAUGUCUCUUUUGCAGUUCUUCCAACUCAUACAGCAUUAAUUAGUGGAUACUUGCUUUUAUGGGAGUAAAUAGCUUUCAUUCAUAUCCUGGACUGAUUCACUAAAUUUCAUGAGGCAUUGGCAAACACUUAAGAAUUUAUUUCCUAAGAACCAAAUUGAAACCGUAGAUCAACAAUUUCAAAAGAGAUGAGAGCUACAAAUGUUUCAUUUGCAGUGCCCUGUUAAAACAUUGUUAAAUGUGCCUGGAGGACUCAGAUGUAAGACAGUUAUCACAGCUCAGCAAAUGACAGUAUAUAAUCUACCUGCAGAAAUUAGGUGUGCACUCUGAGCCUCUCAGAGCAGUAAAAUAGGAUACAUUUGUUCUGAUACACUUUAUUUUCUCAGGGCUAAAAGUAUUCAUGAGCCACAGAUCAGCUCAUGUGCAAAACCUCAAUCUUCUUAAUUUACAGAUCAACGUAAUGUUUCAGAUUAGACCCUUGAACAAGUUUGGAGUGUUUUGGCUAUAGUACAGGGAGAGAGAUCUUCUGGAAACACCUCCAAAAAGUCUCCUCCAAAGGAAAACACUUUUUCAGUCUACCUUCCUCUGACUCAUACCCAUGUUCCUGUUGGUGAUUGUGGGCUGACAUAGCUAAUCAGUGGAAAGUUGAGCUGUUAGAACAUGAAGCUAAAUUGUUUAUAAUACAUCACAGAAGUCAGAAAGAAGACCUUGAAGUGACCUUACUAGGUUCAUAUCUAUACACAACCUGGAAGUAGCAUAUGGACCAUCUUAAGCAAAGCUGGCCAGAAAUCACUGUUUAAGACUGAAUCUGUGAGCUGCUUGGACACCUGAAUUAUUAAGGGUCUUCCAUUUACUGACUAAUACUAGCUGGUACAUGAGAAAACCAGCCACAUUCUGCCUUCCUUCAGAAAAAAGGUACACUAGUACAGGAUACUGCAAAACAGACUGAAAAAAAUGUUUAUAAGUUCACGUACAGAAGCUAAGCCUUCAGUUAAGCCCUGUUACAUCUGUGACCUUGCACAACUGAGUUUCAGAGAGGAUCAUAAUAUAGAACAGCUUUAUCUCAAACAUCCACAUUUGAGUGUUUCUGUGUUGUGGAAAAUAGUUCUUUGUUCAGCCAUUUCAGCGUGUUGCUCAGACUUCAAAUUGGAACAUUUCACCAAGCACUUGCCCCUCUCUAACCCAUAUUCUCAAAAGACAGUUUUUGCUGACAAUCAGCCAAGACCACUCAGACUUACUGAGCAAGCAUGUAUGUGUUCCUUAGCUGUGAUUAGAUGUACAACUACUUGGUUUUGCCUGCUUAAGCUUAGCUGGGGAAUGACAAGACUUGUAAGCCAUGCCAUACACACAGAAACUUUUCCUAGGCCAAAAAAUCUCACAUCUUUGCACACUGUUCCUACUAAAAAUGGAAUCAACAUAGGACCAAGAUCCUCAGCUGGCAAUUAAUUUGUACAGUGUUAUUGUUCACUGCCUGAGACUGAAUUUAGAUGCAUCUACAUGCAUCAGAGACUACUAUAGAGAACUAGAUGGCCAAUGAAGACAUUUCAACCAGCAGAAAAACAUAAAAGCAGCUAUAUUACACUGUAAAGUAGAGAAUUUGAUCAGUUUUCCUUCACCAUGUAAAACCAGAAUACGUUUAGACAAAUUGUAAUCACUGUAUGCCUGACCUAGCAGAAGCACGCAGAGAAACAAGACAGCCAGAAGGCUACGUAACACAGGUAUCACGAUUGUAUUCAGCAAAACUGUCCUCCUCAGAAAAAUAUGUAGGUAUUUCAAUGCAAGUGGUUGGCGGGGAGCUGAGAAGAGAAGAAACUGAGAGGCUGAAGUGCCAGUCCAGCAGUGCAGCCCUCCUGCAAGUUAACCAUUACUGCCGGUAGCUUUCAGGUUGAGAACAGUGGGGCACCUUUGCCUAAGCACUGACAGCAAGAUUGGGCCACGUGUGUGCUUUGCUUUCCUCCUUUCUAAAGGUGUUUUGUUAGCUGCCACACUAAACAGAAGUUGCUUAAUUUCUUUAAUAAGCAAACAGAAUAUAUUCAGUGAACUAAGCAAAUGACUAAGCCUUAAACUGGCUCUCUUUUAAAGGUGUCUUGUUGUUUCUUGGUCACUGCCAAGAAGCCUCAAACUUGCAGGUGACCUGCAUUUGUAAUUUAUGUUGGACUCUGUGAACCUAUCUACAAGACUUAGCUUUUGUUUGCUAUGGGUAGCAUCAGUUACAAAGGGAGAAUCUCCAAAUAAUACAUUUUGGAUAUAACUUCUAAUAGGUCUGAUGAAGAUUUGCCUUACAAAUAAAAGCUUUAUAGUGAGCAUUUACUUGGUUUACACCAGUGUUUUACUUAAUUUUUAAUGCCUUUUUAUAGCAGUGACUAGACUUUACCUUAGAUAAGGGUAUCUCUGUAUAGGAAAUAUUUUAAUAUUUUUACCAGUUUUUUUAAUUUUCAUAGAAUAUAAGUGUAUAUUGUAAGGCGAGAAAUUCAACUUUGAUGUAACAAGGUUAUCACACAAGACCUAUUUCUCCAUUAUAAGAUUUUGUAGUCAGCCAGUCUAGUUCAGUAUGUUGGCCUUUGAUUAUAAAUGUAAAAAUGUGAUAAAGGAGAAUAGAACAUUAUCUACAGCUAAUGCGCAUUGUAGCACAAUAUUCUCCAUUGCUGCCUUAAUCUCAUAGAAGGAAGUCAUGUGUUUUUAAUUUAUAUUCUAAUAAAAAAAAAAAAAAAAAAAAGGAAAAGAAAAAAAAAUUCAGAGCAUCCUUUGGCUGCAAUUUUGUGUUGUUAGACAACAUUAAACCAAAUGUGUUAGUGUCUAGUAGAUCUACUUCCAAAGCAAGAAAUGACACUGCAGUUUUCAGGAACAAGUUUUCAUAGGAGUUCAAAACUUUCCACUAGUAAAAGUACUCUCCAAAGCACCCCAGUGACCAAUAGUGUCCAAACACAGCCACUACAUUUCCAUGCCUGAUUACAUUAAUUGUGCAAUCUGCAGGUCCAUUUGCCUUUUUUUUGUAAGUCUUUGGUUAUCUGGGGGAAAUGGCAUUUCAAUUACUUUUUUUUUUAUUUUUGAAAGGGAGACACCUACAUGCCCAUGUGUGUACUUAGAAGCAACUACAUUUCUUAUAAAUAUGGAUGUGGAUGUGUGUGAUGUGUGCUGGUUAACUAUACUUAAAAUGCUGAUGAAGAUGGUGAAUGUAAAGUAUUUGUCCUCAUUCCUCUGUCUUUCUGUGAUCAGUGUAAAUAAGAACUGUUUUAAGCUGUGCAUUAAUGUAACAGAUUAUUCCAAUAUUGUGUAUAAAGUUAUUUAAAUAAAAUCUAACAAAUAUGCACAUAAAAAGAGUAUAAAGAAAAGUCUUAUGUACCAAGAAUUUACUUAUGACAGUCAAUUAAAGGCUGAAAUGAAA